AUGAACAAGGGUCUACAGGAAGUCAACAUUCAGAACAUGAACGUCGAGCUUGUGGCCCAGAUGUUCAAGAACUACCAAUCCAAUGUCCUCUUCCAUCUUGAGGCUACCGAGAACCUGAAAGAGCCCUCCUAA